UUAGGUAAGCUUGGUCGUGUGAAUUGUGUUUAAUUAACGUUUCGCUUCAAGCGGAUAUAAAUUAAGACCGAGAAAUUUUUAUUAUUUUUUUUUUUUGUGUUGAUAUUUUCAAAUAUAUUAAAUAUUUAAGUGUAAUACAAUAAAGUUAAAACAAAAUAUAAAUAUUUUUUUAAUAAGUGUUGUGAUAUGUUUCAAUAUAAAAUAUUCAUAAUUCCUUUUUAAUUAAAAAAAAAGAGAAGUUAUAGUUUUUAGUCUUGUAUCUUCCUAAAUAAUAGAAAAUAGUAAUUUGUGACACAGAUAUUUUUCAUUUUUUGUUUUUUUUUUAUUAUUGCUCCAUUGGAUUGUUUUAUACUGGAAAAAAAAUUUCUCUACACAAUUUUUUUUCAUUUAUUAGUAAAAAUAUAACUAUAUAAAAAUUAAACUAUAUACAUACUUUACCAUAAAUUAUAAAUAAAUCAACUUAAGUAAUAUCAUACAUUCACCAUAUUAUGGCAUAAUAGUGAAACACAUUCCAGACCAAUUUACAAAAAAUGUUUCGUGGUAAAUUUCGUUCCAAUACAUGUCGGAUAAUUAUUUUAACAUCAUUAGUAUGGGUCAUUAUCGAUAUAAUAUUAAUUGCACACUAUUCUGAAUGUAUCGGAAAAGAUGGUUGGCGAUGUAAACGACCUGGUGAAUAUGACGUACAGAUACAACCUGAAUCAGGGAAAUUAGUCGAUGAAGAUAGUAUGGUAGAUGAAUCUGAAAUAGAUACAGAUAAAAAUGCUGAUGGCAGCAAUAUAAAUAAUAGCAACAAUAAUAAUAAUAAUGGAAUAACAGUUUCUUUAACAUAUCGUAGUGUUGUAUUAAAAAAAUGGAAACCAGUUCCACCUGUAAAAGAAAUUAGAGGAAAACCAGGUGAAAUGGGUAGACCAGUAAAAAUUCCUGGAGAAAUGCAAGAAUUAAUGAAAGAAAAAUUCAAAGAAAAUCAAUUUAAUUUAUUAGCUAGUGAUAUGAUCUCAAUAAAUCGUUCUUUAGCCGAUGUACGACAUGAAAAUUGUAAAAAUAAAUAUUAUCCACCGAAAUUGCCAACAACAUCCAUAGUUAUAGUUUUUCAUAAUGAAGCCUGGUCAACGUUAUUACGAACAGUAUGGAGUGUAAUUAAUCGUUCACCUAGACCAGUUUUAAAAGAAAUUAUUUUAGUUGAUGAUGCUAGUGAAAAAGAUCAUUUAGGAACAAAAUUAGAUGAAUAUGUAGCAACGCUGCCAGUAAAGACUUUUGUAUUAAGAACUGGCAAAAGAUCUGGACUGAUAAGAGCAAGACUUUUAGGUGCCAAACAUGUUUCAGGAGAAGUUAUCACAUUUUUAGAUGCACAUUGUGAAUGUACAGAAGGUUGGUUAGAACCAUUAUUAGCACGUAUCGUACAAAAUCGACGAACAGUUGUUUGUCCAAUUAUUGAUGUAAUAUCAGAUGAAACAUUUGAAUAUGUAACAGCAUCAGAUCAAACAUGGGGUGGAUUUAAUUGGAAAUUAAAUUUCCGAUGGUAUCGUGUUCCACAACGUGAAAUGGAACGACGUAAUAAUGAUAGAACAGCACCAUUACGUACACCGACAAUGGCUGGUGGAUUAUUUUCAAUAGAUAAACAAUAUUUUUAUGAAAUUGGUUCUUAUGAUGAAGGAAUGGAUAUAUGGGGCGGUGAAAAUCUGGAAAUGUCAUUUAGGAUAUGGCAAUGCGGUGGAAUAUUAGAAAUUAUACCAUGCUCUCAUGUCGGACAUGUCUUUCGCGAUAAAUCACCAUAUACUUUCCCAGGUGGUGUUGCAAAAAUUGUAUUGCAUAAUGCAGCACGUGUUGCUGAAGUUUGGAUGGAUGAAUGGAGAGAUUUUUACUAUGCAAUGAGUACAGGAGCUCGAAAAGCACAAGCUGGUGAUGUAAGUGAAAGGAAAGCUUUAAGAGAAAGACUGAAAUGUAAAAGUUUCAGAUGGUAUUUGGAAAAUAUUUAUCCUGAAAGUUUAAUGCCAUUAGAUUAUUAUUAUUUAGGAGAGAUUCGAAAUGCUGAAACUAAAACAUGUUUAGAUACGAUGGGACGAAAGUAUGGUGAAAAAAUUGGUGUCAGUUAUUGCCAUGGCUUAGGUGGUAAUCAAGUUUUUGCAUAUACAAAGCGACAACAAAUUAUGUCGGAUGAUUUAUGUUUGGAUGCAUCAAAUGCACAUGGUCCAGUCAAUAUGGUCAGAUGUCAUAAUAUGGGUGGUAAUCAAGAAUGGGUUUAUGAUACAGAGGAUAAAACAAUACGACAUACAAAUACUGGAAAUUGUUUACAAAGACCAAGCAGAGAAGAUCCAACAACACCUUUAUUAAGACCAUGUGAUUUUUCAAAAGGACAACAAUGGUUAAUGGUAUCCAAAUUUAAAUGGCAGGCCCAAUAAAUCUAAAAAAAAAAGGAUAGUGUACACAUACAUAAUAUUGAGAAUAUCAAUAAGAACUUUAAUUUUAUUUUUUUUGAAACGAUACGUCAUAAAUAAAGAAUUGAAAAAAGACCCGUACCAAUUAUUUGAAAAAUUUAUAUUAUUCCCAAUCGAAUAUAAAUUCUGAUAAAUAAAUGUUAACUUUUAAAAGUCUAAAGCUAACAAUAUUCAAAAAAAGAAAAACAAAUAUAUACAUUUAUGUAUAUAAAACUAAUUUAAAUAAAAUUUAAAAUAAAUUCUCGGUAAAAAUACAAAAUUAAUGAACAAAAGAUAACGAUCAACUUUUAAAUGUCAUAUUUAAUUUAAUAUUUAAAUAUAGCAAAUAUACAAUCUAUUUAAAAAUUAAAUAAAAAUUAAAGAAAAUGUAUGUAUGUUUAAGCAAAAUAAUGAUGUGAAAUUAAAUAAAUUAAGUAAUUUUUAUCGUAUGCAUAUACAUAUAUAUUAUGUAUGUAUGUAUAUAAAAAAUACUAUAAUUUAAGUGUAAAUUUAAAAAAAAAAAUACAAAAAUCAGAAAUUAAAUUAAAAAAGAAAAAGAACUCAAAAUAAACGUGAAAUAUAAUAUAGAAAACGUGAGUGAGCAGUAUUUAAUAAAUAUAGUACUGAUUUAAAUUAAAAUUUUAUAAAUAUUAAAAUCUGUUUUUAUUUUAUUUUUUUUUUAAUUGAUCUUAUGGUUAUCCUACAAAAUACUUUAAAUUAAAAAAAACGUUAAACUUUUUAAUUUUAUUGAAUAAAAUAUACAGAUUCAUGAAAUUAUACUAGCUUAAAGCAUAGAUAUAUUCAUAUAAAAUUUAAUACAAAGAAAACAAAAUAUUCGGAGCAAUAAAUAUUUUUAACUUAAGUUAAUAUUUUAUCACAGGAAAAUAAGAAAUAAAAUUACUUUUUUUGUUUUUAUUAAAUUUAUUAAUAAAAUAUAAUCGAAAAUUUGCUUUAAUUUUAAUGUAUUGACAUUAUUUAAAUGUUUUAUCAAUAUGUGUUAAAAAUAAUUAAAAAAUUAAUUUGUAAAAUUUAAAAUUUCAUAUUUCCGAUUUGGAAAUAUUUAAAAAUUUUAAAUCGCACUUUCUUUCUAGCUCUUAAUUGGUAUUUAAUUAUAUAUUUUGAAAUUAAUUUAUUUAAAAAAAAUUAAACAAAAUAUUUUUUGCAUUCGAUAAAAAUCAAAAUAAUAUCAAAAAAAUUCAAUAUGUAUCUUUUAUUUUUAUAUAACUUUUAAUUUCUUCCAAAACUUUUGUAAAUUUGUAAGUUAAAUGUA